AUGGCGCCCGUUCGCCUGCUAACGGCCUUCCAGGCAGGCGGCGUCUGCUUUAGCUCGUGCGGGGCUGAGGCGGGCGUCAGCGGCGGAGUGCUCCCCGGUUCAGUCCUUUUCCUUCCGUUUUCUGCGCGUGCGUCUCUGCUGAGCCGGCGGCGGGCAACCCGCCAGGCGCGCGGCUCAGACUUUGAGAAUGACAAUGCAUCGGCGCCUCCCUCGACGCCACCGACUCGUCCUGCCGCUUUAGGGUUGAGGAGGCAGCUAUGGCUGGCGGCAUCACGCAGCCAGGCUCCCUCACGCUCGCGCCCUGUAGCUGUUGCGCCUCAGGCGUCGCGGUCGGAGGGACUCGAGGGCCUCUGCGGCGCUGCAUCCUCCGCCAGCGCAUGCGCGGGUCGGGGGGGGGGUGACGGGCGCCCGCGCGCCUUGGCGCCGCUGCUCGCGUGUCCAGCGCCUGGUGCCUCCCGUGAGGAGCUGAAACAUCGGUGGAGUGCGGCGUGGCUGCGCCGCCCGCAUGCCAUGGCUUCCGGGCGUCUGCGGGUGGCAAUGGGCGUCGGCCUCGGCUGCGCGUCGGAGCGCGACCGGAACGCGGUUUCUGCUGCCCCCCUUUUCUUCUUCUUCAGUGCUCGCCCCGUGCACAUCUUUCCCCCGAAGCCGUUUCGCCGCAACGCGCAACACUGCGACGCGCGCGAGCUCGCGCGCCCCCCGCCGCACCUGCCGACGCCGAUCCAGGUGCAUGGCGGCGCGCUCCCGCUGGGCCUUCCUUCUUCCGCGGGGGCCUUCUCUUGCGCACCGUCGUCUGUGCGCAGUGCAUCGGCGUCGGCCGAGGGGCGAGCCGUGCGGAGCUCCGAGGAGGCGGAGGACGCAGGAGACUCGCGCGGGAAGAUCGAAGCGGUCUACAAGCAGGUGCUGCAGAUGCACAACACGCGGCGGUGGUUUCACCACCAGAUUUGGAACGCCAUCACGAAGCGAAACUGGGCCUUCGUCGACAGCCUUUUCACUCAGUUCCUUCAGAGCGGGUUCUACUACGAUGAGGUCACAUACACGUUGAAACUUUUUUAUUAUCUUCUGUCGCACCGCACUCCAUCUGAAAAUGCGAUGCUGGUUUUGGAGGAAAUGAAGUUGGCGAAGAUGCAUCCAGCCAUCGUUCGCAUGAACGAAGGUCUUCUGCUUUCCUACUUUGAACUCGGGGAGAUCUUCUGUCUUCCGCCGGCGUCCGUUUGUCAAAAUCUCUGUCGCGUCACCUGGCAAGCUGCCGUCAAGCUGCAACGCCAGCGCAAGCACCGGCUGAAGAGGUACCUGGAGGCGCUGCCUGUGAACUAUCUUCUGAGUCUCACGCAAAAGGACGUGGCGCAGUUGCUCGCGAAGAACGAAGAAGAGCUGUGUCUCCUGCCCGCCGCGCAUGGGCCUAUCGGGGAGACAGCUCUGCUUCUUGAAGACAGUGAAGAAGAGGAGGCAGAGGAGGACGAAGGCUUCGACAUCGGAGAAGACAUCGGCGCUCUUCAGCAGUUCACUGCGCCAGACUGCCAUCCCGCGGUAUCCGCGUAUACAUCGAGGCCAACUCCCCUGCUGCCAGAGGGGCCUGUGCCUGGACGUACGCACGAUUCCCGCCUCAUGGGCGCCCGAGACCUCGACGCAGGGCCGUCUCCGCACACGCAGUUAUCAUUCUCUGAUCAGCCCACUGCGUCUUCGGGCCCUGAUCCGUCCUGGCGCGGUCUGCGAAAGCGAGGUACAAGUCGACAAGACUCAACUUGGUACUUCCAGGGAAACCGCUGA